AUGGCAAGGAUGGCACUGGUAGCCCCCUCGCCCCGGGCGCUGCUUUGGCUGAUUCUCCUGCCCGUUUCCGUGGUACCUUCCAAACUGAACAUCCCCAAAGUCCUUUUGCCGUUCACUCCGAGCACCCGAAUCAACUUCACCCUGGAAGCGAGCGAGGGCUGCUACCGCUGGUCUUCUACCAGACCAGAAGUUGCCAGCAUAGAAGCUGUAGAACAAGACAACCGGCAGUGUUCUCAGAAGGCUGUUGUCCAAGCACGAUCAUCGCAAUCAACACGUCUUACAAGUAUUAUUUUGGCUGAAGAUGUUAUGACUGGUCAGGUGCUUCGCUGUGAUGCUAUAGUUGACAUAAUUCAUGAUAUUCACAUUGUAUCCACGACCAAAGAACUCUACCUUGAAGAUUCACCACUGCAAUUGAAAAUUCAGGCAUUAGAUUCUGAAGGAAACACUUUUAGCACUUUGGCAGGGCUUGCUUUUGAAUGGACAAUCAUGAAAGACCCAGAAGCGAAUGGAGUCUCAGAUUCCCAUAAUGCGCUGCGUAUCCUGAAGUUCUCAGAAUCAACAUAUAUACCACCUUUGUAUAUACUGAAGAUGGAAAAAGUUGCCAAACAAGGAGACAUUGUUUUAGUGUCUGGUAUGAAAACGGGAAGUUCAAAAUUAAAAGCCAGAAUACAGGAAUCUGUUUAUAAGAAUGUUCCUGCUGCAGAAGUCCGAUUGUUUAUUUUGGAAAACAUCCUUCUAAAUCCAGCUUAUGAUAUCUACCUGCUGAUAGGAAUGUCAGUUCAAUACAAAGUUCAGAAAAUAAGACAAGGGAAAAUUACAGAAUUAAUUAUGCCUUCUGAUCAGUACGAACUGCGGCUUCAGAACAGCACAUUUAGCCCCGAGGGCAACACAGCCUGGCCUGUAGCCAAACUGGAUCAGGCGACAUCCACAGUUACUGCAUUGCAGCGGGGACAUACUAACAUCGUACUUGACCACAAAAAUAUCCGCAUGCAAGGCGCUUCUAAAUUACCGAACAGUAGUAUUUAUGUUGUGGAUCCAGGAUACUUAGGAUUUUCAAUUCAUCCUGGAGACAGAUGGGUCCUGGAAACAGAAAGGCUCUAUGAAAUAACAGUUGAAGUGUAUGAUAAAUCCAGUAAUAAGGUGUAUUUGUCUGAUAAUCUCAGAAUUGAUAUGUACUUUGCAAAAGAAUACUUCACAGUUCUGGAGUCUUCUCUGAACGGAUCAUAUCACUAUGUGAAAGCCAUAAAGGAAGGCCAAACCAUUAUUACCUCUUCAUUAACAUCUAUUGUGGAUCAGGACGGAGGUGUUCAUACAUUACCUGUUCCUGUACUAAACCAGCAAGAAGUAGACAUUUAUGUCCCUAUUACCCUUUCACCAAAAAUUUUGACGUUUCCAUGGCAACCAAAAGCAGGAGCCUAUCAGUACACUAUAAAGGCUCAGGGUGGAAGUGGCAAUUUCACUUGGUCCACAUCUAACCAAAAUGUUGCAACAGUGACAGUUAAGGGGUUGAUGACAACCGGAAAUGAGAUUGGGGUCAGUGUGAUACGUGCCAGUGAUGUUCAGAAUCCAUUACACCAUGGGGAGAUGAAGGUAUAUGUGACGGAACCUAGCGGCAUGGAGUUUAUACUGUGCCAAGUUGAGGCACGAGUGGGUCAGAUUCUGGAGCUGCCUCUACAAAUUAAUGGUCUAAUGAAUGUGGAAACUAAUCAAAUAGUCACCCUGAGUGACUGUUCACAUUUUGAUUUGGUUGUUGAGGUUGAAAACCGUGGUGUGUUCAGUCCAAUUCAAGGGAAACUAAACCCAACUCUGGACUAUUGCAGUGGAGUCAGAGUAAAAGCGGAAUCACAAGGAUACACGCCCCUUGUAGUUAGCUAUACACAUGGCCAUAUUCACCUCAGUGCCAGUAUUAUAAUAGCUGCCCAUCUACCACUCAAAACUAUCGACCCUGCUUCAGUUGCAUUGGUAACUUUGGGUUCCUCUAAAGAUAUAAUAUUUGAAGGAGGACCCAGACCAUGGGUUCAAGAACCAUCCAAAUUCUUCAGGAAUAUCAGUGCUGAAGAUCCAAACAACAUUGGCUUAUUCUUACUAGGGCCACCCACAACUAGGAAUCCCUUCCAGCAUUGGGUUAGGGCAUCUUGCAAAGCUCUGGGAGAACAAGUAAUAUCAUUAACAAUAGGAAACAAGCCCACUAUUACUAAUCCUUUUCCAGCUGUUGAACCUGCUGUUAUGAAGUUGAUUUGUGCCACUCCCUCCAGACUCAGUUUGGCACCUGUAUAUGCAAAUCCUCAGCUAGGUCUCUCCUGUCCUUUGCUUCAUCAAAACAAACAAGGGGUUCCUGUCUCAAAUUACCGCAAUCCAGUACUGGCUUUGGAGAUUUAUGAUCAACAAGGACGCAAAUUUGAUAAUUUUAGCUCCCUUAGUAUUGUCUGGGAAUCAAGAAAACCUUCAUUGGCUAGCAUAGAGUCCAAUAUGCCAAUGGAGCUGUCUUUGAAAGACCAUGGAAACGGUCGGAAGAAAAUGCAUGGCUUGCAAACUGUUUUAGUUCAUCAUGAAUCUGGAGCAACAACUCUAUCAGUUACUGCAACUGAAUAUCAGCAUUCUCAUCUCAGUGCUGCUAAAGUGAAUAAACCGUACGAAUCUCUUAUACCUGUGUCUGCAACCAUUGAGCUGAUACUAGUAGAAGACGUAAAAGUCAGUCCUAAAGAAGUGACACUCUAUAAUCAUCCAGCUAUCAAGGCUGAACUAUUCAUUAAGGAGGGCUCUGGAUACUUUUUCAUUAACACAAGUGUUGACGAUGUUGUUAAAGUGACCUAUGAAGAAGCUGAAAGUGUUGCAGCGGUAUACCCAUUACUUCCAGGGUCAUUGUCAGUAAUGGUUCAGGAUUUGUGUCUGCCCUCUUCUGUGCUUGCUAAAGCUGAAGUAUGUGUGUCUGAUAUACAAGAAGUAUAUGUUGGGGUUGUUGAUAAGGUAGAGAUUGGCAAAACAGUUAAAGCAUAUGUCAGAGUACUGGAUGCUUCCAAGAAAUACUUUCUGGUUAAAUACUUUACCUUCAUGGAUUUAAAGCUAAAGGCAGCAUCUCAGAUUAUUUCCUUGAACCUUCUCAGCGAAGCUCCUGAUGAAUACACUGCUGCUUUUCUAGUUCGUGGCGUGGCAAUAGGUCAAACCAGUCUUACUGCAGUUGUCACUGACAAAGAUGGAGAGACAAUCAAUUCAGCUCCACAGCAGAUUGAAGUUUUCCCUCCUUUUAGACUGAUACCAAAAAAAGUCACAUUACUUAAAGGUGCAGCGAUUCAACUUAUUUCUGAAGGAGGUCCCCAGCCUCAGUCCAACAUUAUCUUCUCAGUGAGAGACACCAAAAUUGCCUCUGUGAAUAGCAGUGGCCUUGUAACAGGAGUGGCGAUUGGCAACAGUACUGUAACAGGAAUGGUUCAAGCUGUUGAUGCAGAGACUGGCAAAGUGGUUGUGGUAUCCCAGGCUGUAGUUGAAAUUGAAGUAAUUCAACUUCACGCUGUUAGAAUCCAUGCACCUAUUACACGAAUGAAAACUGGCACUCAGAUGCCAGUAUAUGUGAUGGGCAUCACCAGUAAUCAAACUCCUUUUUCAUUUGGAAAUGCAAUACCUGGAUUAACUUUUCAUUGGUCUGUCACUAAAAGGGAUAUUUUGGAUGUAAAGGCAAGACACAGUGAGGCUUCUCUUCAGCUUUCAGCUCCAUAUAACUUUGCCAUGGAUGUUUACAGUAAGGGAAAAGGAAGAACAGGCUUGAAGGUUAUUGUGAAAGCCCUCAAUCCUUCAGCAGAACAAUUUUCCCACAUGGCAAGAGAAUUGUCAGAUGAAAUUCAAAUACAGGUAUUUGAGAAAUUAGUGGUUCUUAAUAUAGAAGCAGACCACAUCUUGAUGUCACCAAACUCUUUUUUAAAAGUUCAAACGAACAGGGACAGGGUGGCUUCUCUGAAUUACCGUGUACUGGAUGGUCAAGACAGGAUUCCUGUUGUACAGAUUGAUGAGAGAGGCCUUCUUAAUUCUGGAUCCCUGAUAGGACUAUCAACAAUAGAAGUAAUUUCGCAAGAGCCAUUUGGAAUCAACCAAACCCUUAUUAUUGCUGUCAAGGUGGCUCCUGUUUCCUACCUCAGGAUAUCCAUGAGCCCAGUUCUCCACACAAAAAAUAAUGGGAUAUUAGUGGCCUUACCAUUGGGAAUAACCAUGACCUUGACCAUCCACUUCCAUGAUAACUCUGGAGAUAUCUUCCACUCACAAAAUUCUGUGGUCAGCUUUGCAACAAACAGAGAUGACUUUGUGCAGGUUGGGAAAGGCGUGUCCAACAACACUCUGAUAAUCCGAACAAUGAAUGUAGGGCUAACACUGCUUAUGGUUUGGGACACAGAACACAGCAACAUUGCAGAUUAUGUGCCGCUUCUUGUUCAACAUGGCAUCAACCCUGAACUCAGAGACAUUGUUGUAGGCGAUGUCAUCUGCUUUAGUUCUUCUCUGGUAAAUCAGGAAGGUUUGUCAGGGAUGUGGAGUUCUUCUCUAAAUGGCAUUCUUCAAAUUGACCCAAAGACUGGCGUAGCUGUAGCUAGAAGUUCUGGGACAGUUACAAUAUAUUAUGAGAUUCCUGGGCUUCUUAAGACAUACAGAGAGGUGUUGGUUAAUGUACCACUAAGAAUUGUUGCAACACAUUUAAGUGGAAUGAAAACAAGCUUGGAUGAUAUAUCAUCUUCAAAAGUCAUUGUGAAAAUUGGCCACGGAAGCAAAAAUAGACAAGGAGAAUGUUCACCUGUCCAAAUUGAAGUUAUUGAAGAAAUGAAGCCUCAGUCUAGUAUCAGUUGCCAUCUUCGUUUCAACAAUGAUGUAUUUAAUUUCCAAGCCUCUGAAAUAUUUAUAGCGGAACCUGGGUUUGAUGCAGUGUCAGGACACUAUACGUGCUCCAUCACAAUGCACAGAUUUCCUGACAAACAACUAAAGCAACUGAGCAUAAGCAAAACUGUUCUUGUUGUAACUGCUUCAGUCCAGAAUGGCCAUUUCUCUACGGAGCACAUAGGUGCUGAUGUGCCAUUGAAUCCAGGAUUUUAUGCUAAUGAGACUGAAAUUAUUCUAAGUAAUCAUUACCCAAGUUCGGAUGUGAAAAUUUUUGGGGCCACUGAAAUUCUUCAGAACCUUGAGGUGAAAUCAGGUUCACCUAUGAUAAUGAUUUUUGAGAAAGACAGAUCGUAUGGCUUGCCAAGUUAUGUAACUUACACUGUCAGAUUAUCAGAUCCAAGACUGUCAAGCAAAAGUUCUUUAUCUACCACGCUUACUGUAACAAGCAGAGUUACUGACCAGUCCAUCACUAUCCCAGUGACAAUGAUUUAUGUAUCUGACAGAACUAUCGCAGUGAAAUAUGGAGCCAGCUUAUUAUAUCACUUCCUUGAUUCCUAUCAGAUCAUUUUCUUCACCCUUUUUGCACUGCUGGCAGGGACAGCUGUUAUGAUCAUAGUUCAUUAUGCCAUUUUUUCACCAAAAGAACAGAAAACUCACCCAGCAUUUACUCCAAGGAGAAGCCCCCAGCACAGACAAAACAAUGUUGAAUUUCCUGUUCCAUCUUCAGCUGCUUUCAGCCCUAUACCAUCAAGAAGAGAAAACAACUCUCCUACCAAGAUAUGGAGCCCUCCUUAUGCUUCACAGUAGAAGAAGCUGUUUUCUGCCCAAGGGCUUUGGUUUGAGUUUUAAGUCAGUGUGAUACCAUAUGAAAGUGUGUCACAGUUUUGUUUACCUUAGUGCAAUUUUUUUUGUUAAGGGAACAACAGAAAUACUGUAUAUUUUUAAGGUGCCCUGCUGAUAAAAUGCCUAAAGGUUGCUUUCAGUUUUGUAGACUCUGUUCGUCUAUAGUCCGUCAUUAUGCUCAGUGAUAUUGGGGAAUGACCAGUAUCUGUACUUAACUGACUUGCGUUAUCCCCCUCUUUUGCAGGCAUCAGUUAAUUUCCGCUCUGCUUUCUAAUUGUCUGUAUAGAGGCACAGCAUUUAUUCACUUAUUUCCUGUGGAUUACAUUUUUAUUGUUUUGCAAUGGGACUUCAUGCUAACUAGACAUAACUAAAACAUGAGCCAAGUGCAUGAAGGAUUCUGCACUUCUAAAGAGCUAAAGUUUUAGGUUGGUUUAUCAUUUUAUUUUUAGUUUUCAAGACUCAGGAAUGAAUGUACUGCACUGAUAUAUUUUCUCUCUGUUUAGCAUUACAAAUCUUUUUAAUUGGUCAUUCCAAAAAGCAAUUAUGCUGUAAUAACUGUGAAAAGUUUCUUACAUGUAAAAAUUGUAGCAGGAUCUCCCUUUACCUGCAAAUGGUCAACAUAAACUCCUCCAGUUGCUGCUGCAAAUGUAACGAGCGCUCAGCAUUUCUUUGUGAACAGAACUUUUUACUAAAGCUACUUUGCAACUAUGCAGACUUUUAAAAAAAUUAAAGACAAUUUAUUUUAACAAUUUCUUUUUUUAAAAAAAAACUUUAAUAAUAUAAAAGUGGAGGAGAACGUAUCUUCAUUAGCAUUUCCUGUACCUCAAGAGAAAUGGCGUCUCCCUGCAUGUCUGCUGAUCUUUUAUAAUAAGUUGAAUUAGGAGCCUGAUUUUUGAAGUGAUGCACAAGUGCAAGUGACAUUGAAAUUCAAGGAAGAUGAGCGCAAAGAGGAGUAGUUCAGCCAUCACAAUCUGGAUCAUGCAACGGUAAAUUGUUUUGUGCUGCUUUCUUCAGUAUUUACCAGGGUACAAGUAAAUGCUUGCCACUGCUUCAGCUGCUCCUAGUGUGAAACCAUGACUGUAUUCAAGGCAAUACAGACUUACUGAUGGCUUCAGGUGGAAUAGAAUGUCUCCUGUACAUUUCCAUGAUUUAAAAGGUAAAUACCAGGAUAGUUAAAAAGGUAUUUUCAGAAGAAUUCUAAGCAGAGUUGCACCCUUCAUAAAUCCAUUAAAGUUAAUGAGCUUAGAAAGGUGUAACUCUGCUUAGCAUUGCACCUACUCAUCUAGAUAGACCAAUGCUAUGUUUUCCAACACAUUAUUCUUUAUGGGACCAAAUUUAGGACUGAAUUUACUUUUAGAGAUGAUACUGUUUCAUUUGAAAUGUCCAUAUUUUGUUUUGUAGUUUUCCCACCCAUCACUCCUGUGAGGAGCUGCAUGCUUCUUUUCCCAGUGGCUGCAGCAACUGUAAACAUUUUUGGAUGUUGUUGGCAAUGUGGAACUCCAGUUCAGUGCAAGCAAUUGUUUCUGAUUCACUGGCUCACAUCUUCAUGAAUACACAGCUGUCAGGUAUCUCAGAAGAAUCUUUAAUGGGCCAAGCAAUAGGUUACUGUGCUGAUGGAAUCUCACCAACCGGUCACAAAACAAAGCUGUCAAUAAAAUACAUGUACAAGAGAUUUUUGCAGAAAAAUAAUGGAAUGUUUACCAAGGGGAUGUCAUACUAUCUUGUCUUGGGAUAAACAUAAUGCUUCAUUUGUAUUAUAAGAUACUCUUUAUACUCUUUAUCAUGGGAAUUCUAUUAACUUUUUUUUCUUGAACCUUCAGGCAAAAUGUUACAAGCCUUGGAAAUUAGGAACUCUUGUGUUUUAAACUAUGAGAAUUGUGACUGUGAAUAAUCUGCUAAAUUGUGAAUUCUAAAAAAAAAUGUGUUAAAGAGAAUAAUAUUUAAUAGAAGAUUAAAAGAUGCACAAAAAGCC